CCUGGCAUCUCUACUUGCGAUUGUAACUGCUGUUCCUUCCUUCCUUCCUUCGCUCUUCUUCUCUCUCAUUCAUUCACUCAUUCCCUCGCUACUCUUUCAGAUCUCUUCUCCGAUUUCAGGUAUAGCAUAGCGAUGGAAGUUACUCAGGCACUUUUGAAUGCUCAAUCCAUUGAUGGGACUGUUCGUAAGCAUGCUGAAGAAAGUCUUCGGCAAUUUCAGGAGCAAAACCUUCCUGGUUUCUUGGUCUCUCUUUCUGGGGAGUUAGCAAGUGAAGAUAAACCAGUUGAUAGCCGAAAGUUGGCAGGUUUGAUACUUAAAAAUGCAUUGGAUGCCAAGGAUGAAAACAGAAAGCGGGAAUUGGUUCAGAGAUGGUUGUCUUUAGACACUGCAGCGAAGGCCCAGGUUAAGGCAUGUUUGCUUCAAACACUCUCCUCUCUUGUACUUGACGCUCGGUCUACAGCAACUCAAGUUGUUGCUAAAAUUGCUGGAAUUGAGCUUCCUCAAAAACAGUGGCCUGAACUGAUAGGAUCACUAUUAUCAAAUAUUCACCAAGUUCCUGCUCAUGUCAAGCAAGCAACUUUGGAGACUCUGGGGUAUUUGUGUGAGGAAGUCCCCCAUGAGGUUGUUGAUCAAGACCAAGUAAAUAAAAUUCUUACUGCUGUAGUUCAAGGUAUGAACUCAUCUGAAAAGAACAAUGAUGUCAGACUUGCUGCUGCCAGAGCAUUAUAUAAUGCUCUUGAAUUUGCACAGGCUAAUUUUAGCAAUGAUAUGGAGCGUGAGUACAUCAUGAGAGUUGUUUGUGAGACAACUAUGUCUCCUGAAUUGAAAAUACGUCAGGCAGCUUUUGAAUGUUUGGUCUCCAUUGCGGCCAUGUAUUAUGUGAAGUUGGCUCCUUACAUCCAGGAUAUAUAUAACAUCACAGCAAAGGCUGUUAGGAGUGAUGAGGAGCCUGUUGCCCUCCAAGCCAUUGAAUUCUGGAGUACCAUUUGUGAUGAAGAGACUGAUAUCUUGGAAGAAUAUGUGGGUGAUACCACUGGGGACUCAGAUAUACCUUGUUUUUAUUUCAUUAAGCAAGCCCUUCCUGCACUCGUCCCACUGCUGUUAGAAACAUUACUCAAACAAGAAGAGGAUCAAGAUCUGGAUGAAGGUGCAUGGAAUAUUGCAAUGGCAGGUGGUACAUGCCUUGGUUUAGUUGCUCGUACUACUGGAGAUGAUAUUGUGCCACUGGUAAUGCCUUUCAUUGAGGAGAAUAUUACCAAACCAGAUUGGAGACAGAGGGAAGCAGCAACUUAUGCAUUUGGCUCUAUCUUGGAGGGGCCUUCUCCAGACAAAUUAGUACCUCUUGUUAAUCACGCCCUACCAUUUAUGCUCAGUGCUCUAGUGAAGGAUCCAAGCAACCAUGUUAAAGACACCACUGCUUGGACUUUGGGGCGGAUGUUUGAAUUUCUUCACAGUUCAAUUGUUGGCACACCUAUUAUCAAUGAGGGAAAUGCCCAACAAAUUAUUACAGUUCUCCUUCAGAGCAUGAAGGACGUCCCUAAUGUUGCUGAGAAAGGCUGUGGAGCCCUGUAUUUUCUUGCCCAGGGUUACGAGGAUGUGGGAAUAACAUCCCCUAUAACUCCCUUUUUUCAGGAAAUUGUUCAAGCCCUUCUCACUGUCACCCACAGAGAGGAUGCUACAGAGUCACGGUUAAGAACUUCAGCAUAUGAAACAUUGAACGAAGUAGUAAGAUGUUCAACAGAUGAAACAGCUCCUUUGGUAUUACAACUAGUUUCCGUCAUCAUGAUGGAGCUGCACAAAUGUCUUGAAGCACAAAAUCUUUCAUCUGAUGAAAGAGAAAAGCAGAGUGAACUUAUAGGCCUUCUUUGUGGGUGCUUGACAGUCAUUAUUCAGAAGCUAGGGUCUUCAGAACCUACCAAAUAUGUUCUCUUGCAGUAUGCUGAUCAGAUAAUGGGACUAUUCAUCCGGGUGUUUGCUUGUAGAAAUGCCACUGCCCAUGAGGAGGCCAUGCUAGCUAUUGGAGCCCUUGCCUAUGCGAUAGGCCCUGAUUUUGCUAAAUACCUGCCUGAAUUUUACAAGUUUCUUGAGAUUGACCUUCAGAAUUUUGAGGAGUACCAAGUUUGUGCCGUUACUGUUGGUGUUGUAGGCGACAUAUGCAGGGCAUUGGAGGAUAAAAUAUUCCCUUACUGUGAUGGGAUUAUGACACAACUUCUAAAAAAUUUGUCAAGUGAUAACUUGCACCGUUCUGUGAAGCCCCCCUUGUUUUCAUGCAUUGGUGAUAUAGCACUGGCUAUAGGAGACAACUUUGAGAAGUACUUAAUGUAUGCAAUGAAGACACUACAAAUUGCUGCAGAGAUGUACGCCCACACAUCAGGCUUUGACUUGGAAAUGACAGAGUACAUUAACUCUUUGAGAAAUGGGAUAUUAGAGGCAUAUUCUGGGAUCUUCCAAGGGUUUAAGAAUUCAUCAAAAUCCCAGAUCUUGAUUCCUUAUGCUCCCCACAUCCUCCAGUUCUUGGAUAGCAUAUACAUGGAAAAAGACAUGGAUGACAUUGUUAUGAAAACAGCCAUUGGUGUCGUUGGAGAUCUAGCUGAUACACUUGGAAGCAAUGCUGGUUCCUUAAUUCAACAGUCUUUGUCAAGCACACAAUUUUUGAAUGAAUGUCUGACCUCAGAUGAUCAUUUGAUUAAAGAAUCUGCCGAAUGGGCCAAGUUGGCCAUCAAUCGUGCUAUAUCUGUUUGAGGUUCAUCUCAGUAAGCAUAUCCUUUGUCAUAAACUACUUGCAUGCAUUUGGGUGUGUCGAGGUGGGUCGUGGGAUUGCAUGUGUCAAAUUGUCUCCAUGGUCAGACAACUGAAAGUAUCUGUUUGAAGGUCUUCCAGUUGUCACUAACUCUUGCAUCAUCUCCAAUGCAUCACUGACCUUUGCAUGAGCACCAUUAAGUCCAGUACGUUCAAGAAUGCAUCACUGACUUUUGCAUGAGCACCAUUACUUUCAAGAGGAAGAAGUUAGCGACGAGAAUACAAAUGUGGGUUUAGCUCUUCAUGAGUGUAAGUUGAAUGGCUGAGCCGCUAAGAGGAGGUAGCUGGUCCAUGACUGAGAACUACUCUACUCUAUGGCUUGGAUGUUGAGUUUGAAUGUCAAGAUAAUCCCAUUCUAUGCUAAAAUUGAUUUUUUUUUUCCUGAUCUGGUCAUGGGUUAUUUGGAAUAGAUGAACCCCCAGGGUUGAACUGGUUUUCAUCCACUCCACCCAAGUGCUUUAUUUUUAGAUAUUCUCUUCCUUUUUCUGACUAUAACCCUGCAUCUUCUUGAGUCAUUUUUUUCAUCACCUCACCGUGUAUCUUUAGGCUACCAUCCAUAUUACUUUUUCUGCACAUAACUGCUUUGCUAUCAUUGGAGUCAUUUGUGAUUGUUGACCCAGGAUAGGAAAGGCUACUUCCUACCGCGCAAUAUGCAUUCCCGUUUUGAUGUUAUCGGUUUCUUAGGUCAUAAUCAUUUUGCAUUCAUGAAAUCAUCAAACCUUUAUUUCUUUGUUUUGAAUUGCGUAUGUAAAAUCAUGUAUUGGCUACUCCUGUGGAUUGGUACAAAAGAUGGUCGUAUAUUGUGAUGACAUCAAAAGAACCAACUGAAUUGUGGUGGACUGCUGUUUCUCUUGUUGGAAGGCAGUCUGGAUCUGGCCUGUACUUGAUAUCUUUCCCUUGUGUCUAUAUAAAAAAUUGUGAAUUUUGGUUUGCUUGGGCAUUUUUGUGUGUGUCCUUUAUACCUUCUUAUGGUUUGGUGAUAUACUUUUUUUUAUACUGAGAUUAGAUGAAAUUGUAUAAUUUUGUUUAAUUACUUCAUAGGCAGUUUUCAUUUUUA